AUGUCUGCAAACCUGCGUGUUGUAUCUAAUGAAUUGGGAAUAUAUACCCAAGCAACUAUUGACGGUAUUAUUUCUCAUGCAGCAGAACUCUCAGUCAUCACCAUUGGCGGAAUUAUAGCCUACUUUGUAACCUUGCAUUACAUCCCUUCAGUUGCACAAAACCUUUUCCAUUGCAACCUUUACGGUAUUGACAUCAAUAAAAUAACACCUCGGGAUCGUCAGUUGUUCACAGUGAAGCGUAACACAUGUGCCAACACUCCUGGGGCAAUGGAAGAUCUUAAAAAGAGGUCAGUGCCCGAAUCGCUCGGAAUUUUAGCGGGAGCAGUGUACCUGUCUGUAGUUAUCACAUUAAUUUUUUUGCUACAGGAAGAAAUAUCAGCCAUUUCUGGAGCCUUCACAACCAUCACUGUUAUGUUGUUGCUAGGGUUUGUUGACGACGUUUUGGAUGUGCGCUGGCGCUACAAAAUACUUCUCUCUAUCAUUGGAUCAAUCCCGUUGGUAAUGGCAUAUAGGGGUAGCACCACGAUUCUAAUCCCACGAUUCCUCACGAGUUAUGUAUACACCGCAUGGUACUAUGUCACAUCGGCAAUGUCGAAUAAUUCAUCGACGUUUCUUACUCGCCUCCUGACAGAUUGUCCUUGGGUGCAAUACCAUGAAAGUUAUUUAUUACUUGCUCUCGGGCCUCUUUACCUUUUCUACCUUAUAAUAUUGUGUGUCUUCUGUACGAACAGCAUAAACAUAUUGGCCGGUAUAAAUGGUGUCGAGGUUGGACAGAGUAUCGUCAUUGCGGUUGGCUGUGUGGUGCACAACUUGGUGCAGCUUGGGUUAAAAAGUAUUGUUGAGGGUACUAAACAACGAAAUAACCCAGACUUUUCGUCCAUUCAUCAAAAACGUGCUUUAGUCCUUCUCGUCCCCUUUAUCGGUGUGAGUAUGGCCCUGUGGAAGUACAAUCACUAUCCAGCAAGAAUUUUCGUCGGGGAUAGCUAUACUUACUUCGCAGGAACCGUUCUUGCGGUCUCAGGCAUCAUGGGAAGGUACAGUAAAACACUUCUUCUUUUUUUCAUACCGCAGUUUCUUAACUUUUUAAUUUCUCUUCCUCAACUAUUUAAUAUUGUGAGCUGUCCAAAACAUCGCGUGCCCAGAUGGAUUCCUACAAGGGAUGUCCUUACAAGUAGCCAUAACUACACAUUGCUAAACCUGAUACUAUAUGUGUUUGGUGAUAUGCACGAGAGAACACUGACAAGAAUAGUGAUCAGUCUACAAAUCAUCACCACUGCAUUAAGCCUGAUUAUUCGUUACUUUGUCGUUUCUCGUAUGUUCGAUCAUGUCUACUGA